GCGCCGCAGCGGAGCUCAGUGACGAGAGGCUUUGUGCGGCUCUGGGGUGUUCGCGUUCCGGUGUUUCUACGCGCUCGGCGUUUUCUCGUUUCAUCGCAUUCGUUAACAGGUCAGAAUGCAAAUCUUCGUGAAGACCCUGACCGGCAAGACCAUCACCCUGGAGGUGGAGCCCAGUGACACCAUCGAGAACGUCAAGGCCAAGAUCCAGGACAAAGAGGGCAUCCCCCCUGACCAGCAGCGACUCAUCUUUGCUGGCAAGCAGCUGGAAGAUGGCCGCACUCUUUCUGAUUACAACAUCCAGAAAGAGUCCACCCUGCACCUGGUCCUCCGUCUCAGGGGUGGCUAUUAAUUCUUCAGUCUGCAUUCCCAGUGGGCAAUGGUGGCAUUACUCUGCACUAUGGCCAUUUGUCCCAAUUUAAGUUUAGAAAAUACAAGUUUCAGUAAUAGCUGAACCUGUUAAAAAAUGUUAAUAAAGGUUUUGUUGCAUGGUAAGCAUA